AUGGCCUGCCACAGAGAUUAUGUUGAGUGGUACAUUGUUGUAGAAGAAGAGUUAUUCUACCAUUAUGUGCAAGUUGAACGACCUGCGUCUGUUAACAAAAAGGUUAUGUCCACUCUUGCAUUCCGUGAAACCCACGUAAUUAGAGGCAUGUCUGCUCUAACCGAUAAUUUCUUCCGACAACAGCUGCAUCUUGUGUUUGUUGCUGAGAUAUAUUUUGACAAAUUACCUUACUUCCUUCUUCAGUCCACAACUCAAGACGAGACAUUGAAAUCCGUUGGCAUCAUUGUACGGCUUUUGUUCUCUAUCUCAGAAAUGAUUAUCGUCUUCGAUGGAUUUGUACCCGGUAGUUGUGUAGAUCGUUUCACCCGUAUUCUGGUUCUAGUGGGGUAUCACAGGAAGACCAGACAGAUGGAAAUGGCACUGUGUAGAAUUACUAUGAAUUAUUUAUCGAUAAUCAAGUGUUUAAAGCAAAAGUUUGCGAAAUUCCUGAGAUUGGGUGAUAUUGAACUCAAUAUUCCGAUGACAACAAGAACAACCUUUAUGCUUGACUCUCGCAGCGGCCACAUCUUGGUGAUUUCAAUUCUCAGUGCGAUCGAGUUUGUCAAUCUCCGAUCGUAUCCAUUUCAGAAUGGGUACACUAUAGCGGACUACAGUAACAGCCCAUAUGUUGAUGGCAGUCAACAGGUUCCUUGCGUUGAGUUUUGGCUUCAAGAGAAGUUUGAGACGCUUCAAAUAUGCAGUGGUGACCUUGUCUUUCAUUUCUCUGUGAAAGAUAUUGUCCAGCUCCAGGAUCACAAGACAUACUUCAAUGAUUCCAACAAGGAAGGAAUUUCAACCAUGUUUCGUGGUCUGCUACCACAACAGCUCCUUUAUAGGAUCCAGUUAGCUCAAGACAUCAUCAGGAGGAACCACGUCCGGUUUCGGCCCCUACUCCUCUACCGUUUUGACGUGGCGGGGCCACCCCCUUUCGGAGGUGUCUUCAGCUCUGGUGUUGGGUGCAUGUCUUCUUUCACUGUUUGUGACUGUUCUAAUUCAACUGUGGGAUGUCCCUCGCUAUGGUUAUUUUCCAGUAUAUUCUGUUGUGUCUGGGGAGAGUCAUUCUCUUUUGGUACCUUAGAACUUGACACACUCACAGCCUUCAUCCAUGCUGGAAAAACCAUUAAAGAGAUUAACCUUCAUAGCUGCCGGUCGUUGCUGGGACGGUUCUGCGAGAGAGUUUCCAAGAAAAGACCCCUUUACACAACUGACUAUGCUGACAGUCGGACACAAACAAAUACAACCGAUGAUAUUGUGUUGCUCCUGAUUAGACGAAGCUAAUAAUUAUAUCGCAAUACUCGGGUUGCCUCAUUUAUUCUACCCAUUCCACGGCCAGCAGUAGAACUAUUUCACCUCCUGCAGAACUUACUGAACAUCCCCAUGAAUUUAUAUCCAGGAUGCGUGAGAGGAAGUUUGCUUUCGCAAUCCCACGGUUUGGGGUUCAGCACCCGCCACCUUGGGCAAGUGUCUUCGCCUGCUGACCCGGCUAGGCCAAAGCUUUCUGAGUGGAUUAGGUACAUGUUAAAAGACAGAAGCCCGUCGUGUGUGUGUGUGUGUGUGUGUGUGUCCGUCCGUCCUUGCUCUGACGUCACGUAAUAUAUAAGUGCCAAUGUCAUGCAAACAUGUCCAGCCAUGAGGAAACAUCAGCUUCUUUUGAAACAGGUAAGGGUUGGUGGACAGGAAGGACAUGGACAAUAAAACGACAAUAAUUAUGUUCCUUGCCCAAAAGAAAACCUAGUGAGGGCCCCAGUUGCAAUAUCUAUCCUGCUGUACCCUGCACACACCCCCAUUCCUCUGCACCCCCAUCUCUCCACCCUCUCCAAUAAAAUAAACUUGUUUUAUAUAUUUAAAAAAAUCACAAAUCACAUCUCACUGCAUUGAAAAAACGAACUCAGUGAUAAUGUAAUCCUUGAUACACUAUAGCUGACUAUAAGACACAAUGAUCAAUAUCAACAUCGUCAUCGUUUUAGUCCACUUUUCCAUGCUUGCAUGGGUUGGACGGAAUUUGACGAAGCAGAUUUUUUAUAGCUGGGUGACCUUCCUGUGUCCAAGCCUCACCCGUUUUCUAGCAAGACAAUAUCCUUCCCCGCCCCCACCACCUACCCAGCCGCCGGUCAAACAGGAUAGCCAUGGUUGGAAUGCUUUUUCAGGACUGAUUACGAGGCCAAACAACAACAACAUAUACUAGAAACAAAUGAAAACAAAAACUGACAAGAAAUUCUAAUUAAAAAAUAUUUCAAAAUACCUUUAUUUUCUCCAUUGUUGAUUAAA